GUGCCCGUCAAGCUCCGCAAAGUGCAACCCGUGCCGCGCGACGAGUCGGGAAAGCCGAUCGUUCCGUUCAAGAGCGGGAUCAUCACUGUGCAUCAGCUGGGCGAGGUGGUGUAUGACCGGAAGAACUUUCAUAGUGAGAGGUAUAUCUAUCCUGUUGGAUAUGUUUCUUCCAGAAACUACGCAAGCAUGGUCUCCCCUACCAAAUCCACCCGCUACGUCUGCUCCAUCCUCGACUCGGGCGCCGACGGCCCGCGCUUUCAAAUCGUCCCCGACGAUGCGCCCCAAAACAUCAUCACAGCGCAAUCAGCCACCGGCGCAUGGACAGCAGUCCUUAAAGGCGCGAACGCCGUCCGGAAUCGCGAAAACAGUGCGAGCGCCUCUGGGCCAGAGUAUUUUGGGUUCUCGCAUCCGACGGUGCAGAGUUUGAUACAGGAGUUACCGGGGGUGGAGAGGUGUGCGAAUUAUGUGAGGCAGGAGUAU